AUGAAACCAUUUCCAUUUAAAAAUAUUACCCACGACCAACGGAUAUUUAAUUAUCGCUUGUCUCGAGCCCGCAGGGUGGUUGAAAAUGCUUUUGGGAUUUUGUCCUCAAGGUUUAGAGUAUUUCUAUCGCCUAUAGGUGUACAAGUUAAUAAUGUGGAUCCUAUUGUCUUGGCUUGCUGCGCGUUGCAUAAUUUUUUAAGAAAACAGACAUUAUCAUAUAUAGCACCACGAGACAUCGAUACGGAAAAUACUAAAAAUUUCACAUUUCAUAAAGGGGAUUGGCGAAAUAAUACCGAAGGGCUCUCUUCAUUGCAACGAACUAGUGAAAAUCAACGAAACAGUGACGGAAACGAAGUACGUAAUACGUUCAUGAAUUAUUUCAGUUCUGUAGGGUGUGUUUCCUUUUAUGUAACAAAUUGUCAUGUUUAA